AGUGUUGACCGCUGCCGUAGGCAAAAUGGCAGCACCAACUAAAAGUUCGCCUAAAGAUGCACAGGUUAUGGCUGCGAUACUGAAAGAUAUGGGUGUUACAGAAUAUGAACCGAGACUGAUAAAUCAAAUGUUGGAAUUUACUUACCGCUAUGUGACAGAUGUCCUGGAUGAUGCGAAAGUGUACAGCGGACAUGCCAACAAGAAGGCAGUUGACACUGAGGAUGUUCAGUUGGCAGUUCAGUGUCGCAUGGACCACUCAUUCACUACACCUCCUCCAAGAGAUCUAUUGUUGGAGAUAGCUCGCCACAAAAACAAUCAGUCUCUUCCUCUCAUCAAACCCUACUCGGGCCCUCGACUGCCGCCAGACAGAUACUGCCUGUCUGCUCCCAAUUAUAAACUGGUCAGCAGGAAAAAGCUUCAUCGUAUACAGAUAGGCCUGCCUGUCAACCAGCUUCCUGGUGGGCACCGAAUCUCUCUUACACCUGUACAACAGAAGUUCCAAGUAGGGAUGUCUGGCCAGCCGCUGUCCGUCAUCAACCGUCCUUCCCACGUCAAACCCAUUAUCCAUAUGCAGCAAGGCAGCAGUCUGGUACCUGGUAGUAUAUCAGGGGGCAGUCAACAAGUGCCCCUGUCCUCCAUCAUGCCUGCCGCUUCUGUAAUGACCCCCAUGACAUCCGGAACACCCCUCGUACAGAGUUUCAUGAACAACCCCCUUAAGAGGAAACAUGAGGAGGAUUAUGACCUCACUUGAAUGGAUGGGUGUGUUACAAUGAGUUAUGAUUUAUCUAGGAAUGUAUUAGUGUCAUCUGCAGUUGAAUGGUUCAUGGCUACAUGUGAUUAUGUGACUGACUGUUUAGUACUUUUUCAAUAAGAUCACUGUAAGAUAUCUUUGGAAGAUGUCCAAAAUGUGAAGUGAAAUAUGGAAUAAGAAGUACAGUACUGAAUGCUUUAAUAUUACAGGAUUCCAUUGUGUUGCAAAUUCAAUAAAUAAUUUGUAUGGAGAUUAAUUGUCUGUUUCAUUGUAAAAUAAUUAAUGAUUAAUAUUUCAUUGGAAAAUCGCCCCAAAUGGAUCAUUGUUUUUUCUUCCUAGCACUAUGUUCAAUUAUGUUAACUUUUUGUAGCGAAAUGGGCUAAAACAAGUUAAACAAUGAAUUCAUCAGAUAUAUUAUCCACCAUUAUUUUUCAAUAAACCACUGAAAAGCAUGAAAUUAAUGAAAAAUCUACUGUGUGUGUAUGAUUAUUUUUAAAAGUCAUCAUGACACCCCGAAUAUGAAGCCAUGUGGAAAUGAACAAGGACGUCACAGUAUUAUAGCAAUAAAACCUAUAUGGUGGUAAGUGAUGGUUUAAUGUGCUGGUAUUAAAAAUGAAGGUUUUGAAAGAAUCAUAGAGCUUGCUCUUCUCGGUGGUCACUGUCUGCAAAGUUAGUCUGAACAAUCUGAGGUACUGACUAAGGCAUGUUCAUAAUUACUGUUACUGACUAUAUGGAUAGAAGUAUCAGAAUUAAACAUUACUAUCCAUUUUUUUAGGACUGUAACGAAUUUAUUGGAUGACACACUCAAGUUAUGUGGCGAAAUGUCUAUGAUCUAUGUUUUUCUUUAAAUUAUUAAUUUUAAUGUUUUCAUCAUAUUGUUUACACAAAGAAGUUAUAAGCCCAUUGCAAUGUCGUGUGCAUUUUCAUGAUCAAUAAAGUUUGAAUGAAA